UUCUCUGCAUCGCCGCCAGGCGUCGCAAAACGCCCAGUUUCUGCGUGCUUUAGCCUUGGCUGGGGUUCAAUGUUGUACAGUAAUAGCGCAGCCGCAGAGGUCGGGAAAAUCACUAGGAAAGGAAACUGGCUAACCGUUCAAGUCUCCAUCGCAGAAAAAAGUGGAUACAAAAAUCGAGAAGCGCUUAAUUCGUAUUAAAGCCGAGGUGAAAAUGGCGACGCUGGGACCGGACUCCCGUCCCCAUCCCCAGCUCGCUUCUGGCUCGGUUCAGAGUAAUUUGGGUUCCCAAAACAACAUGCCCCUUAACAGGGGUUUGGAAAGGGCUUUUGAAGAGGCGGCCAACUCGGGCUUUUUAAACCUCAGCGCCAGAAAACUGAAAGAAUUCCCGAGCAGCGCAGCGAACCACGACCUGACUGACACGGUGGAAGCAGACCUGUCCAGGAAUCGCCUAACUGACAUCCCCAUGGAGGUGUGCCAGCUAGUUUCGCUGGAGACCUUGAACCUCUACCACAACUGUGUCAAAACCAUUCCUGACGCCAUAGUCAAUCUACAAACACUCACUUCCUUAAACCUGAGCAGGAACCAGCUGUCGGCGCUCCCAGCGUGUGUGUGUGGCCUGCCCCUCCGUGUGCUCAACGCCAGCAACAACAAGCUGGGCUCCCUUCCUGAGGCCCUCGGCCAGCUCAGCGGCCUCAUGGAGCUGGAUGUCAGCUGUAAUGAGCUCACCGCCCUCCCCCGCCACAUUGGCAGGCUGAAGGCCCUGAGGGAGCUCAAUGUGCGGAGGAACCAGCUCUGCAUUCUCCCAGAGGAUCUGGCAGAGCUUCCCUUGGUGAAAUUUGACUUCUCCUGCAACAAAGUGUCCACCAUCCCCAUCUGUUACAGGAAGAUGGUGCAGCUGCAGUCCCUGCAGCUGGAGAACAACCCACUGCAGAAUCCGCCUGCGCAGAUCUGCACCAAAGGGAAGGUGCACAUAUUUAAGUACCUGACCAUGGAGGCAUGUCGCCAUGACAAGGGCUCUGAGCUACUCUACCUGCCCGUGAUGGAGAGGCUAAAUCUGCCCCGGCCGGCAGCUGGAAGCAUUGAGGACAUCGACCAGAAUAAGAAACACGACACCGACUCCGGAGUUGGCAGUGAUAAUGGAGACAAACGGCUAUCGACCACCGAGCCCUCGGAUGAGGACAGCCUGAGCUUGAGUGCCCCCAUGUCCCACAUCACUGAGGAAGACGGCCUGAGCAAAGACGACUCCAGCGAGCACAUCAGCGCUCUGACGGCGGACCCAGUGAGGCCGAACUCAGAUCGCAGCAUAGAGAACCUGACAGAGAGGCACGGGUACGAGGACCCAUCACUCAGCUCGCCAUUCAUCACCUACAUCAAGGACCGGGCCGCAGGUUUCGACGAGCCCCUCCGGAUAGAGGAAGACCCCAGCUGGGCAGCGCAGCGCAUGUCGAAGGUCACAGAGGAGAGCCACUUUGGCAUGAUCAGUCAGCUGAGGGAGGCGGUGGAGCUGCUGCAGCACCCCAACAGGGUGAAUAUGGAGUCUGCCGAGCUCUCAGAAGUACAGCUGUACCCUGUGAAGAUGGUCAUGCUGGAGGAGUCAUUCAACGGACAGGACUGUGAGAAUGGACAAGUUACACCCAAGAGUGAAAUUUCUGAUGGAGGGCUUGAGUUCCAGAAGAAAAGAGAAUUGAUUCUAGAGAGGACCAGACUUGAAGCCCAACUUGCAUGCCGACAGUUUGAGAGACACGUGUCUCACCAGAUGCACUCAGGUGACCAAAGCGAGAACCAGCAGGAUCAUGUGGACACGGGGGAAGACAAAAGCUCAGCCUCUUCAACACCAGUGAACUCCCCACCCUUUGGCCUGAAGCCCAGGUCAGACCCCGCCUUGCUGUCUUGCUAUUCCCCGCCCUGUCUCCGCCCCCUCACACAGGCCACUCCUGCUGAUAGAGACACCCCCACUAAGGCAGAUGAAGGAGGCAUGAGAAACAGUGUGUUUAUGCGGAAUUCCAAGAGUCUGGAGACGCUGGACCCUCAGUUCACCAUCCGCCGUAAGAUGGAGCAGCUGCGGGAGGAGAUGGAGCUGACGGAGCAGCUGAGAGAGAACAUUGAGAGCAGGCUGAAGAUGUCACUGCCCGAAGACCUUGGCUCGUCUCUCAUGGACGGGGUGGUCCUGUGUCACCUGGUCAACCACAUCCGCCCCCGUGCUGUCGCCAGCAUCCAUGUGCCCUCACCUGCUGUGCCUAAGCUGAGUAUGGCCAAGUGCCGACGAAACGUAGAGAACUUCCUAGAUGCCUGCCGCAAGCUGGGGGUACCUGAGGAGAAGCUAUGCCUUCCUCACCACAUACUUGAAGAGAAGGGCCUGGUGAAGGUCAGCGCCACCGUACAGGCGCUGGUGGAGGAAGCGGCCAGCAAGCAGGCCUCGUUUACGUGAGCGCGGCUGGGCAAGGCUACGGGUGGCGGCGGAACAGGCGCCAUGCUCGGCCGUUGGCAUAAAGACGAAGACGGACAUACAGGGGAAAAAUGCCACCUACCCAAAUGAGCUUAGGAGUCCAUGCCGCCUCCACACUGCCGGGACGCCCCACUCCUCCCUGCACGCCUCCCUGCCCCCCGAGUGGGACUUCCUGUGUUCAGUUCAGGGAUACUGUCACCAAAGCAAAGAGCGACCAAAGUCUCUUACUCUGGGCUUUCAUUUUAGGGCUUAGAAACCAGGACACCGGUUGGUGCCUUCAUAUUUAUAUUUAUUUAUUAAAGAGUCAUCCAGCUGGGUGAGGGAUGUAUAAUUUGCAGUGUAUCCAAGCUAUAUAUUUUAAUAUUUAAUAUAUGAUUCUGGGUGUAGGUCAGAUUACUCUGUUCUGUGCAUUCUGGUAGGAGGCUGGUUUAGGCCCAGUCUAUGCAUGAGCUUUGUUACAGAUUCACUGCCCAGAGGUCCAGGCAACCUGACAGCAUUGCUGCAGCUUGUGAGGAAGGUUGCGUGUAAAUCAGGGGGCGUGUCUCUCUCAGGAUGCUGUGGAUCCACUGUGGGGAAGGAGCUCUUCGCCUGCUCUUGUCAAUGUGCGUUAGUUAGUGAGUGUGAGAGAGAGAAUUUUUGUAGUUUUCCCCAAGAGGGUCUAACAGGACACAGCGUAUUUGGAUGAUCCUGCAGUGAAUGAUGUUGAAACACCACAUGACCACCCCAUGUCAUUGGUCUACAGGACGUUAGGGAGGCAGAGCAUUGCCUGGCCUUCACUGCACAUAAAGUGGAGCUGUUGUAGUGCCAAUCCGUAAGCUCUGCUGGGCGUUUGAUGAGCUUCAACUCACAUUAAACUGUUUUUAAUUAAAGUUAUUGUUGGAACAGGGGCCACUCUCUCCAGAGGUGGUUCAUUGAAAGAUGACAUCAGAAUCCACCUCUGCUUGGGGAAAAAGGUAGAAAUUUACUCCCACUGGGAAAAUACUGAGAAACUGUGUGUGUGUGUGUGUGUGUGUGAGAGAGAGAGAGAGAGAGAGAGAGAGACAGGAAUGGGAAAGGUUUAUUGUGUAAGAACCCACAUUCAUAAUGCGACUAAGCAAGACGUUUGUCUGACUGAUGUUAGCAGACAAAACUAAGCUGUCGUUUGAUAUCCAUAGGAAACAAAUAAAUAACAUAAAACUGUUACAUUUAAAAACCACACCAAAUUCUUUUGUGCCUAAUAUGAUUGUUAGGAUGCGCAUUGUAAGAUUGACAUGGAUCCAUGAUGUACUGAUGGUCUGUGUAAGUUGCCGGGGACAGGGUGGAAUGUUGCACCAGUGUGCAGAGCCUGCACAGCUGUUCAUUCCAUUAGUGUCAGUAACACUGUAGCUGUCAGCUGUAGGAGGUUGUGCUAUAGAUUAAUGGAUGGAAAACAAGGAUUUGCUGCCUCGCUGCAGGUCAGCAACUUGGUAUUUCAUUAGUUUUAAGUCUUUAUUGCAGACAUCCCACCUUUCCCAGAAGUUCUGGGAGUCUCCCGCAGAUCGACAGCAGCUCCGACACCCGCAAAUGAUGUGCAAUGUCCCGGAAAUCAGUCGUUUUGCUAUUCAGUUGUGCUAGAAGUUUUACUGCUGCAACCUUGCCCCAUAUUUUACACCCACACCCCAGUCGGUAAUAUAUACUAUUACAGUAAUACCAGCCAAGCACUGGCCAGUACCCCCACCUGCCCAGAUGCCCCUCAUCUGCCUCCCUUAAAUCAAUAUCCCUAAGGUGGGAUGCUUGUUAUUGGUGGAAAAUGUCAGGAAUAAUGAAGGGAUGUUUAAUGCUUGAACUUGAAGACACUAUAUAAAUAGGAUUGAGGCAAAUAUACAUAAACAUAUGAGCAUCAGUAUGUUUCGUCUUUCCAUAAAAAUUCCAAAGGGAGAUUAAAUGUAAAUAUUGUAUGUUUAUAAUUACGACAGUUUGGGAAAUCACAUCUAUUUCUGGAUAUCAAGGCUGACAGCCAUGUAGCUUGAUGAAGAUCCUUAUGAACAGCAACUCAGUUUAGAUUUUGUCUUGAAACAUCCAGUGACUCAUGAAGACCGAUGUGGAGGCCAUCCUCAUUACAAGAAGAUGUUCUGUUUUUUGAACUGCUUAGAGAAAAUUUAUCUGAAAAAAAGGUUUAUAUGUUUUACAUUGAUAGGAUGCAUGGUUUAGGCUACAUUAAUUGUGACCACUGUACUUAGGGGACUGGGGCUUCUGCGUAUGUUACAGGAAGCCUAAACACCUUAAUGACUCAACAACAAAAGAGACAUGAAAGUGUUCAUUUCUGGCAGACGCAGUGAUUUUUACUGGGCUGCCAUGGAAAUUUCUCCUAGUAGGAACUUCCUAUAUUUUGCUAAUAUACAUCGUUAUCCAGUUCCCUUUCAGAUAUUUAGCCGAGUGUUUUGAAUAAGCGCUGAUUGAUGCUCCGAGGAAUAAUCAUGACCAUGUAACACUAUAAGAGGUUAGAGGAUGGAUGGAGCAUUUAUGACGGUGUGGUUGCCGUGUUUGUAACACCAAUUAUAACACCAACUAAUUAUCGAUAUUCGGUUAGAGUUUAUGUGCAGCUGAAGGAGAGUAAUCAAGGGCAUUUUAUGAUUUCAUUUUGUACAUUUUUACUUAAACAUUCUGGCAGGCCAAAAACGUGAAAAUUCUCAUACAAUGGAAGUUGUGUUUAUAGAUCGCAUUUUGUUGAAUGCAGACACUUGCUUUAAAAUUGAAAUAGAUUGUUUUUAAUUGAGCAAUAUUGUAACUGCACUGUAGCGGCACCAUGGUGUACAAGCAGCACACUGGCCCCAAUAGACCUCAUGCCAACGCAGCUGGUGACCUAUAGUGUUUUAAAAUAAUAAGAUGAAGAAUUCUGAAGCAAAAUGAAUAAAUUAUUGCUGCAGACCUCAAAAUAAAGUGUGGGAAAGUGAAAGAGGAGUGUGAACCACAGGGCACAUUCACAUCUACGUGUAUUCACUCCCAAUCAGCUGCUGUUCUGAUGUUUCUCAUGAAAGGAGUGAGGUGGUGGUCAGUGAUCCUGGUUUCGCAUUAUGUACAGAAUUUAACUCACAGAUCGCCCUUCAGUCACACACAUAUGUCACACUGCAUAUUUAUCUCAAGCUGUAUUCUGUCACAUCUAGAGAUGUUUCCUCCUUUCUACAAAACUGGAUUAUAAUGACUUUAAUUCUACUUAUUUUUAAACUAAAGGUCUAUGUUUUUCAAUACUGAAAAAUGAAGUACUUAAUACUUUAUUAUACAUUCAUGUGGCAUUUCUAAAGUUAUAUGAUGUACAAACGUUAGAUAAUGACACAGACAUAUCCAAACUGUCACCUUAAUUGCUGGUUGCUGUAAAUAAUGUACAUACUUCAAAUAUUACUUUAACAAUAAACCCUUGUUUAAAGAUC